GUCGCAUGUCUUUCACUCUGUCUGCCUGCCUGCCUGCCAUGAUUGGGUGGGUUUUUCGGUCGGUCGGCCACUCACAGCCACUGUGUGCGGUGCCUGACACACAUAAUGUCUGUGUUUGCGGUGACCUCGCGCUGAGUUGUUGUGUGUCAACGCAUGUCGCAAUAGACUCGCAUUCACCGCCGACGCAGCCUCACAGAAAAACUGCACAUGCCCACACUACCAAUGUCAUCCGCACUAUGUCUUCUCGGUUGUGGUGGGCGCGUUGAGCAUCGGCUCCCCGUAAUACUUCUGAUACUCCUCCGCGUUCACUGACACCCAGGACACACAAGAUACGUGUGAGUAUUGGACCUGUGUGUGUGUGUGUGUGUGUGUGCUGGUACACAAUAACCAUGUGCAACCGUACUUUUGUUUUCGAGUGCGAUGACGUCUUUGGCUUUGGCGACUUCGUCGGCCGGCAAUGCAUCCACCACAUCGCCCAAACGAUCCCUGACCACAUACACGCAGCAUCACACAGCAGGCACACCAGCACAUCCGUGUGUGUGUGACACAUGCGCACGGUGUGCAGAUGGAUGGAUGGAUGGAUGGAUACCUGACGGUCUUGAGCGCUCUGGCGAUGAAGUCUGGACGCCAAGACAAAGACGCACAGGUACAAGGCAUUCGGUGCGCCAGGCAGCCACGCUUUGUUGCACUGACCUGUUUUGGUGCGGUCUAUGUCGCCCACUUUCAGCGAAUUCGCCCUCGGAUCGAAAUACUCGAGCAGCGUCGUCAAGGAAUCGACCGCCUCGCCGCCGGCAUUCCGCACCUGACGUCGACGGACACGCGUACGUGCGCCAACGUGGUGUGUGGAGGUUUGUCGUGUGUGCACCUGUUGUUGUCUGUCUUGUGGGGCGUACAGCGCUAGGAUCUGAAUGUUCUCCUUCAGCCGAUAGUUGUCCAACAUGUAACUCACAGCCUGAUCAGACACACAAACAUUCAUUCAUUCAUUCAUGCACACCUCACUGUCCGGGUGUGUGUGUACCCGUACGUACCAGCUUGAUGUUGGCUCUCUGUGCAUCUCUGAAUUUGCCGCUGCGAAUCAGACGUUCCUCCUGAUUCGUCGCUGCACACGCAUCAAGCAGGCGCCCACACACAGACAGACGCACAUGUGCAUCUGCUUGUAUGAGUCUGUUGGCAACGCACCUUCAAUCACCCGCAGAAUGCUCACAAGCGGCUUCUGAAUGGGCGGCAGGCCAGUAGAGGAGUCCGCAUAGGAUGACGAGAGGGGCAAGAGCAGCCCAGCCAUGAUGCCCAGUGCCCACAUCCCUCCAUCACCCAGGUUCUCUCUCCGUGUGUUUGUCACACUCAUGUGCAAAGCAGAUGGGCUCGGUUGCCUGUAGGCAGACACAGAGAUAGAUGCUUGUGUGUCUGUAUGUGACGCAAUUGUGGAGAGCUCACCUUGUCGAUGGUCUUCGAAAGCUGGUCUGCGUCUGUGUCUGUGUGUGUCUGGAGAAGGGAGAAACCACACAAACAGUCAAUGUCUGUGUUCCCACAUGCAACAGCAUAUGUGUGUGUGUACCGUUCUCUCCAUCCAUCUGUCCUCGACGGCAGCACAAAGCCGAUCACAGAGCAGCACAAGAGGUGAACAGUCAGCAGCAACAGGAUGAAAGACGGCGGAAGAUCUCUCAUUCUUCUAUGCCCGAUGGUCAUUUGCUUCACUGUGCAGACCCGAAAACAGCGAGAGGAAGGCAGAAAGGCGAC